AAGCAGCAGCUGAAUAAGGGGGUGACAGCUUCCCCAGAAGAGGAUUAAGUCUCAGCCUCUAAUUGGGACGGCAUUGUUACAGUUAAGAGACUCACCAGGCACCUCCAGGAAUCUGUCGGUAGGGGUCGAAAUCACCAUUUCCAUGGGAGAGUGAAGGGAAGGACCAGAACCGACAGAGUGGUGGAGAGUAGUCCUGGGAGAAACAUCAAGAUGCAGUCUGAGAAGAAGAGCUUCAAGAAGAAACUGGUUUUGAAGAGCAGCUUAGCUAAGGAAACCCUAUCCGAGUUCUUGGGCACGUUUAUAAUGAUUGUCCUUGGAUGUGGCUCUGUUGCCCAAGCCAUCCUCAGUCGAGGGCAUUUUGGAGGAAUUGUCACUGUCAAUGUUGGAUUUGCAAUGGCUGUCGUAAUGGCCAUUUAUGUGACUGGCGGGGUCUCUGGUGGCCACAUUAACCCAGCCGUGUCAUUUGCCAUGUGUCUCUUCGGACGGAUGAGAUGGUACAAAUUUCCUUUCUAUGUGGGAGCCCAGUUCUUGGGAGCCUUCGUGGGGGCUGCCACCCUCUUUGGCAUUUAUUACGAUGGACUUAUGUCCUUUGCUGGUGGACAAUUGCUCAUCGUGGGAGAAAACGCAACUGCACAUAUUUUUGCAACAUACCCUGCUCCAUACCUGUCCCUGGCGAAUGCAUUUGCAGACCAAGUAAUCUCCACGACGUUCCUCCUCAUGAUUGUCUUUGCCAUUUUUGACUCCAGAAACAUGGGCGUCCCAAAAGGCUUAGAGCCUGUGGUCAUUGGCCUCCUGAUUAUUGUCAUUUCUUCCUCUUUGGGACUGAACAGUGGCUGUGCCAUGAACCCAGCUCGAGACCUGAGCCCCAGAUUAUUCACUGCAUUGGCGGGAUGGGGGUCAGCCGUCUUCACAGCUGGAAACUACUUCUGGUGGAUUCCUGUCGUGGGCCCCAUGGUUGGCGCUGUCAUCGGAGGACUCAUCUACGUUCUUCUCAUUGAACUUCAUCACCCAGAUGCUGCCGAGGCAGGCUUCAAGACAGAACCAUUGGAGGACAAGCCGGAGAAACAUGAACUCAGUGUUAUACUGUAAUGGCACGCUUACUGCUCGGUGUGAAACUGCCUGUGCUGGUGACCUCUUCAAGGAGGAUGACACCAGGGGCCUGUGUGUUCAGAAGACUGGAUGCAACCCUCCUUUUUAUUCCUUCUCCCCUUCCUGCUAACUGCGGGGGACAUCUGGUUGAAAAGACACCUGUGUGAAGGUUUCAGGUCACUAACCUCUUUCUACCAGGUGACCCCGGAAUAGCGUUGAUUGUCCACUGAAAUAGACUGCUUAGGUGCCCCAGCCUUUCCCCUUGAAUAGGCAUUCUUAGUCUGGGUGAGCAACACGAGCUUGGAAGCUUGACCAUGGAUGUCAGUGGAUGCACUGAGCUGCAUGCCAUGUAGGAAAUAGUACCACCAAACCAAAGGCUUGUGUUCAGUCUCCACAGGGAUUACACGUUGAGUGCCAACCAAGACGUAAAUUGAAAUGGAAAGACCAAAUAGUGGCUUCAGUUCAUAUAGCUAUGAAUUCGGGAGCUGAUGGGUUAACUCCCUAGUUAUGUUGUACAACUCUGUUUAUAUCAAAACCAAUAUUCUCCAAACCUAGGAAUGUAGGAAGCAAUCACAUGUAACGAGCAAACCAGGAGAAGGACGUUAUAACACUCGGCAAUCUCAGGAGACAAGAUAAAUUUGGGAAACCAAAUAGAACUUUCUAAAUGGACGCCAUUUAUCAGAUUAAUCUCUAGCUCUUCUGCAUUUUAGAGGGCAUGGACUAAUUUCCUUCUCUUUAAUAUAUAAUACCCUGAAAUAUAAUCAUAACCUCAGCCGUGAUAAAUGUAUCAAAUAUAUUCUCCUAAUUGCCCAUUUGAGGACAGCCAUUGUCAAGUUAAGGCAAUGACUGCACGCAUCCAUUAUUCUACACAGGCUCUAGAAGCAAAACCAGACACCUGCUGGGCUCACUGGAUCCUCAAGCUGGAAGUCCCUGGAGAGAUCAUAUCAUCUUAACAGGCUUCUCAACUCACAAAGCACUUUCACCCAUUUAUAUUAUCUAAUUUAAUUCUCAUGAGGACUUCCUUCCUGAGGCAAAUACCAUGCCGCCCCUUUUUCAAGUGAGGGAAGCACAGUGACUUGUCCAAGGUCACCUGGAAGGUUGAGCAUUCGUUAGUGUCUCGCUUUCAGGAGCUAAGGAUCUUUGUCAGCUGUUCUUGACAGGCUACGAGAGAAUGGGAGUGCUGGAACAUUGACACUUUCUAGACACCAGGCUCUAGGCACCUGAGUGGUGCAGUGCAUUACACAUUAGGCUACUAACCACAGGGUUCACAGUUUGAAACCACCUGCUGCUCCAAGAAGGAGGAUGAGACUUUC